AUGUCUACUGAAUCUAUAUGCAUCUCUGCACCCUGGGUCGCAGGCAUUUUGGUCUUCUUCGCAGUCAAUCUAUGCUGAAUGGUAUUUCUAGGUUUCUCAGUCGUCAAAAACUGGAAAGCCUAUAGGACCAAGAAGAAAUCCAUGAAGAGAGAAGUAGGGAACGACAGUGAUUUCGAAAGAAGACCUUCAAAUGAGAUGGAGAAACUUCCUGGCCAAGUACUUGAUCUCUCAGAAAAUUCGGAAUCUAUAAAGGAUUCUAAAGAGAGUGAGCUAGAUCAUAAGCCUUUCUCCCUUGGAGGAUCUAAAAUGCAAGCCGAUAAUGCAGAAGAGAUUGAGUCACUUGAAGAUCCAACGAGAGGCAGUGAGCUCCAAAAUUAUGUUGAAAAUAUGCCCUCUAGCAAUCCUAGAGCUCAAAAGGUAGGCAUUGUGGCCAGUAUAAAAGUUGCAACAAGAGAAAGCAUGCCACAAAAGUUUAUAGAAGAGCCUGUUAAAGGGAAUGAUAGCUCAAAUACUAAAUCAUAUGAGUCUGACAAUUCUGUAGAAGGAGAAAAUGAAGCUGAAGAUUCUGAGAAUCAAGAUGAAAAAUCCAAUUAUGAUUCUCAUGGUUCAGAAGAAGAUUAUGAAGAAGCGAAAUCUUCCAAAAAUGAUUCAACUUCGAUGCCUAAAAAGAAUCUGGAAAUCGAAGUCAUUGAAUACAAAGAAAAUGAAUAUCGAGAAGGAUAAAACUGUUGAAUAAAAUAUAAAUUUUUGAUCAAAAAGUAAGGCUAUUA